CCCCGCACCAACGCGCCGUAGGCCCUGGGGGUGAGGGGGCGGGAAGCGUCGUUCGCUGGCCUGGCGCUCGGGAUGAGAGUUACUGUCCGGAGAUCUCGACAGAGAAUUGUGAUUUAGGGCCAAGCAUGGUAAUGGAUGAGGACAGCUUGAUGAUCUCCAUCAAUAAAGACACCUAUGAAGUUCUUAAGAGAAGAGAGGACUGUCUACGUAAUCUCAUUUUUGAAAAGUUUGCUUGUACAUUGGCCUUCAAAAGUGCAAAAUGCACUGGUGAGGUAUACAGGAAAAACCUAAAGCAGGGAAUUGACAUUUGUGUUUGUGAGGAUGAUCUCACAAGACACAAGGUCGAUGCUUUGGUGAAUGCAGCCAAUGAAUAUCUAGAUCACGCAGGAGGCCUUGCUUUAGCCCUUGUGAAUGCUGGAGGACCAGAAAUACAAGAGCAAAGCAAUCUUCAUAUUCAAAAGUAUGGAAAACUCAAAACUGGCAAAAUAGCAGUGACAGGUGGAGGGAAGCUUCCUUGUAAGGAAAUUAUUCAUGCAGUUGGUCCAAGGUGGACCAUUCAUGAAAAGGAAAAAUGUUGUGACCUACUUCAGGAAGCUAUUAGGAAUGUUCUGGAAUACGUUAGUGCUCCAGGAAAAACUAUAAGUUCUGUGGCUAUCCCAGCAGUGAGUUCAGGUGUUUUUGGCUUCCCACUCAGUUUAUGUGCUCAAGUGAUUGUAAUGGCUAUAAAGGAAUUCGUUGAGGCAAGUCCAUCGAGCCAUCUCAGGGAGAUCCGCCUGGUGAACAUUCAUAAGCCUACAGUUGCAGAAAUGAAGGCGGCAUGUGAAAAGUUUCUGGGUGAUACCAGUUCACUUCAGGAAACUCUUUCAGCUUCACCAAGUUAUUCUUCAGCUUUCAUCAAACAUGAAGGCAUUCGCUUGUUCAUCGUAAGAGGACUCAUUGAAGAGCAGAAGACUACAGCUGUUGUUAAUUCUGUGUCUGUAAAUGGCGAGCCUUACUAUCCAGCGUCAAGAGGACUGCUGCAAAAACUGGGUUCAGCUCUUCAGGAUGAACUUCAGGCUCGUUUUAAACAUCCUUCAUCUUACACAGAAGUCAUAGUAACAAAAGGGUAUAAUCUGCCCUGUGAGUUUGUACUGCACAUUGUAUGGCCGCAAUACUGCCACAAGGUGUUACUGUGUGAGGCAUUAAAAGCUGCAGUGACAAGAUGCCUGAAUUGCUUUCAGAACCGGGAGUCUCCCUCAAUUUCUUUUCCAGCAAGCGGGAUUUGGUCGUUAAAGCUGUCUGUUGAUCUGGUGGCAGAGAUCAUGACUGAAGCGGUUUUAGAUUUUGCCAGGGCUUACCCUGAGAAGAAGAUAGAGGUGCAGUUUGUCUGUUGCCCAGAUGACUACGAUGCCUAUCAGGUUUUCCAGAGAAAAUUUUCUUCAGCAGCAUGCAAACUGGAAAAAAAGCAGUGUUACAACAGAAGUGAUGAUUUGAAGUCAGGCAGUCAAAGCGUAAAAGAGAUUGCAAAUAAUGAAGCAGCUGUUGAACUUAAAGGGAAAACACAAACAGCAUUAGAAGGAGCAGAAUCGUGGAUCCAAACUGUGGUAAAAAUUCAUGAACGUCACCGUGCUGUUAUUGAAAGCAACUACAUUUUUUGCCUUGGUAAAAACGAGCUUGCAGCACUAUCUCAAGAGCAGCAUCCUAGUGUACGUAUAUCAGAAGAAGUGCGAGGUGGAAACGCAAAACUGGAAUUUCAGGGGCCCCCUGAUGCUGUGAUUGAUGCAGUGCUCGCAACUGAAAAAUUACUGCUUCGUAUGCAAAAGAAGACUACAGACAAGCAAGAGGAACUGCUGUACUUAAUGUGCCAACCAGAAGCAGGUCAGCUUUCAGAAGGAGACCUUCAGAGGACACACACUGCUAAGCACAUCCAGAUUUCACUGGUGGAAUCAUACCUUCAGGAGUUUAAGGAAAGGCAGAAACAGUUUAAAAAAGCUGGGCUUCAUGUUCUCAAGAUUGAAAAGAUACGUAAUACUCUUCUAUAUGCUGCAUUCCAAGAAAUGAAAAAAAAAAUGGAAGAAAAAAAAGAUACUGCCAAAAUAACACAGGCGGUGUGCCAAACUGGAUUUCACAGGAUGUAUUCUCCACCAACAGAACAAAAAUAUGGAGCUGGCAUCUACUUUAAAAGGAACCCGAAAAGCCUAAUCAAGGGUAAAGAUGCAUGGGAAAUGGACUGUAAAAUAUAUGUGUUUGAGGCUGAGGUAUUAACAGGCUUAUACACUGAAGGCAAGGCGUCUCACAUUAUGCCACCAGCAGUGCAGGGGGAUGCCACGAAGGUAUAUGACAGCUUAGUAGAUGAUGUAAACAAUCCUGACACCUUUGUAAUUUUCAACAGUGUUGGGGCCCUUCCACAAUAUUUGUUGACUUGUUCCCAAGUGACAGAGAGGUACACAGCCCUCUGAGGAAACCAGGAGCAUCCUGAGUAAGAACUAACCAGAACUGUAGCUGUUGUGAAGACCCGCUCAGUACUUAGAUUUUUAAGAGGAUGGUCUACCUGGUAAUAUGCUGUUAUCAAACUGCUUCAUGCAAAGUGCUCUGAAAUAUCUGGGAACAAAAAAAGUUAAGUCAAAACCUUAAGGAGAUUAGAACAAAAUGACCUGUGAAUGGAAAUGGAAGGGAAAGCAUCAGAAAAUACAGUUCAACAUUUAUCUGGUCAUUUACUUUAUGCCUUAAAAGCGUUCUGAGCAUGUGACUGUACACCUGAUGUUUGCACAGGUUGUCAUUCGUCCGUUAUAUUUUCUUAAUCUGAGAUACUGCAUAUAUUAGAGAAACCCAGGAGGUCUUGGUUGUGCCUUUGAUUCUUAAAUUCUCUUUUUACUUAAACAGGUCUAUGUGUCAGGUGAAAGCUGUCUCCCACUUAGGGACACGCUAUUAAAUAUACGUAGCUAUGACAAACGUGAGGCAAUACUUCAUGACUUCUAGCAAUAGUUGCCGUUACAGUUUUUAUUAGUUAAGAGAUUGCGAGCAUUGUAGAUACAUGUAUUCAAAAUAAAAAGCAUGAAUGACGCUGACAGCUAACCUGUUAUUUUUCCAUAGUCUUAAGAAGGUGAUUUGGACUGUAUUUGAGCUACAGAUUUCUCAGUGGUGUUCAAUCUCUUUGAAAGGCUACAAAAUAGUUGAGAACAGGUUCAAGCUACAGCUUGGAACUGCUCUUCAAUUAAUCUACCUUGAUCGAUAUCUUUUAAAGACUGCAGUGUCAACCUUGUAGCUAGAUAUCCCCACGUUGCUUCUGUGGUGACCUGAAGCCAGUAAAUGGAAAAGCCCAAGACCUAUUUUACUCCUUUCAAUGUAAAAGGGGAUUCAGUCCAGCUGUCAGGUACUUUGAAACUUUCUGUAUUAAAGCCUGAAACUGUGCCUGAUGUUAGCAGGGUUUAAAACACAUCUAUUGCCCCAAACUAAAAGCUACUACCAGAUUUGUCCAAUCUGAAGGAUGUAAAACCACCAGUUACAGCCCUAACUGAACACCCGAACAGCUCACAACAGUGCUGGAAUACAGAAAUAAAGGCUCAUCUGUCAAUAUCGCGCCUGCUUCUAGACUGAAGAGUCAUCUAUGAUUAAAACUGUAAUUAUAUGGGGAGAAUAAAGGCUCGGAUAAAACUAUUAUGAAGCAACACUGCCAUAUGAAAAGCAUUUCAUCCAUGUGUAAAGCACUGUGCUAAUGGAGAGCAGUCUGAACCCUGAAACGCAGAUGAAAUUAGCGUUUAAUAAGACUUUUCAAAAUCAUUUGUUAAUGAAUCCCAGCACAUUCGUACUGCACCUCCAACUCUCAAGACAGCAGUCACACUUGCUAGAAACCACUCACAAGUCCAAAAGGAAUUGUUAUAGAAGUCUAAUUCUGAUCUCUAAGUGAGGUUGCAAACGGAAAAUUUUUUUGAACCAUUGCAAAACAAACUCAGGCAGAUGAGGUGCUUAAGGCCAUGGUUUAGUGGUGGGAUGGCA